AUGGGCCGUCACAGUAUACGGUGGUCCUCACACUUGUCCAUCAGUUGGGUGAACAAAGAUGACAAAAUGAUGGAUUCCAAUUUUCUUGCCAAAGAACUUCAUACAUAUGUACUUGUAAAUCACACCAGCAAAAUAAAAGGUCUCCAAAAUUUGAUGAAGGAAAGGUUUAACCACGAUAUAUCGUACUACAAGAUAUGGAAUGCGAAACAAAAGGCUAUUGCAAACAUACAUGGGAAUUGGGAAGAGUCGUAUCAAAAGUUGCAGAAGUUGUUGUUGGCAUAUAAGAAUAGCGAUCCGAGUACACAAGUGUCUUUUUGGUCGAUCAACGGGGACAUACCGGGUACUAUUAUAUUCAAGUAUGGGUUCUGUGCUUUCGCUCCUUCCAUUGUUGGAUUCACACAUUGUAGGCCAGUAAUUAGUAUUGAUGGAACUCAUCUUUAUGGAAAAUAUAAAGGAAAGUUGUUGAUUGCAAUGGCUAUCGUUGCUAAUAAUGAGAUUUUUUCGCUUGCCUUUGCAGUUGUGGAUGAUGAGACGGGGGCCAGUUGGGGAUGGUUUUUAUCUUGGUUGCAGACUGCGAUACGGGAUGCGGAUACGAGCAUCAAGAUCGCAAAUUUGAAAAAAAUAUUAGAUUGCCUUAAGGAAGUUGAACUCAAAUUCAGUAAGGAUCCCAAUCUCAAUAUAGCAAAAAAGAAGCCAUACUCCUAUCUAAUGAAGGAGUGUCUGGAGAAGUGGACACUAUCACAUGAUGGUGGACGUCGUUAUGGGACAAUGACUACCAAUAUGUUUGAGUAUUUCAAUGGAGUUCUAAAAGGUGCACGUGGACUACCCAUAUCUGCAUUGGUUGACUACAUUUGGUGCAAAAUUGACGCUUAUUUCAAUGAUCGGUGCACUAAAAUAUUGGGUGAUAUUGAACAUGGUCAGAAGUUCAGAAAGCAUGCCAUGGAGAAACAUGAAGCAAAUUACAAAAAAAGGGACAAGACACUAUCUGAGGCCAUUUAA